UGACACAGCCGAUUCCUGAGCAGGCAGCAUCAAAACAGUGCAGGAAACAGCCGAGGAAGGAACAGAUUCAGGCACCCUAGGAAAUUGAUCAUUUAGGAAGGGAGGGCUCAGGAGACGGAAGGCGCUAGGGGUGCAGCUGCUCUGCCUUGCCUGCCUGCUUAGGGUUUCAAUCUUCACCGCAGGCAGGCCCCUACUGCAUCCCCUCUUGUGCGCGAAAGUACAAUUUUGGAAUUGUAGAUGCAAUUGAGAGUGAUUGUGGAAUUUUGCGACUUUUGGUCGAGGAUUGAGGGUGGAAUGCGAGUGGUGAUUGGAAGGUGAUUUGAUGGAAGUGUGGGAUGUUUGGCGUUUUGUGAGUGCGAUAUGAGAUUGUGUGUUGGAGACGCUACAAGUGGAAAUGGGAUGGCGGGUGCUAGUGGUGAUUGGAUAUUUUGGGUCUGAGUUGGUGAAUUAAGGUAAUGGGAGGGAGGAUUGUAUUUUGAGGUGUCUGGGGUUAUGCGGAAGCGAUGAGGACGGAGAUUGGGGGAUGGUUAUGAUAACUGAUUUGUACAAAUUAGGUGCAAUUCGUGGUGGUGUGUAACAGGGGUUUAGGGGGGGGGGGGGAUUGGGUGAAGGGCGAGGGGAUGUCAUGUCGGGUUUCGGCGAAGGGAGCAAGUGGGAAGGAGCAGGGCCGUCGACUUCAAGUUCUGAGCUACCGUUAAACUUCUCUAUGGGAAAUGGAAUCGGAGAAGGUGAAAUUUGCAUAAUUCCUGGCCUGCCGAACGACCUGGCUUGCCUAUGUCUUGCAUGCCUCCCCUUGUGGCAGCAUAGUACGUUGAAAGCGGUGUGUAAGGCAUGGAAUGGGGUGUUCUCAGGGAAAGCCUUGUUCGAGAUUAGAAAACGGUGGAAUAAAUGCGAAGAAAUCAUGUGUCUGUUUCGUGAUGACCCCUCCAUCACGCAAGGGGAAUUGUUCGAUCCUCGGUCGCAAUUGUGGAGCCUCCUGCCUCCAAUGCCGUCGGAACCCUUCACUUAUGGGCUUACCAAUUUCGAGUGUGUUUCGCUGGGAAAUUCUCUCUUGGUGAUUGGAGGGUCUCUCUAUGAUGCUCGAAGCUUCCCCAUGGAUCGACCAUUACCAUCUUCAGCCGUAUAUCGGUAUGACCCCAUAACUUCGAGGUGGGAUCGUCUCACAGGUAUGCGCACUCCUAGGGGAAGCUUCGCCUGCGGAGUCUGGGAAGACGCCGUGUUUGUGGCAGGAGGUGGUUCACGUCACGCUCAAUUUGCAGCAGGAGGGAGUCGCCUCUCUUCCGUGGAAAGAUAUGAUCUUUUGCACGAUCGAUGGUCUCCAUUGCAGAGCUUGCAAAACAUUCGAGCUGGGUGUGUAGGGUUUGUAUUGGCGGAUGAAUUUUGGGUCAUCGGAGGUUACGGUGGCUCCCGGACUAUUGCUGGUAUAUUGCCUGUGGAUGAGUAUUAUUCCGACGGUGAGAUUAUGGACUUGAAGACCGGGGAGUGGAGGGUGUUGAAGCCAAUGUGGGAGGAAGGAGAGAGGAGGAGGUUGGGGAAGGUGGCUGUCCUGAGUGGUUCGAAGGGGGAGCCUGACAAUGUGUUCAUGUUGGAUGGCUCUGCAAUUUACAGGUACGAUGUUGCAGCGAAUCGAUGGAUCCGCGAAGCACAAUUACCAAGCACAGUUCUAGCAGAGGCAUCGUGUCGGCUUGUCCCUCUGGGUGGAGAGUUGUAUGUGAUCCCUGGUGGCCCGGUGCUGGAAUUUAACGACGCUAAGCGGACACCGAAGAAAAGAGGAUCGAUAGUGUUUCAAGUAUAUGACCCUAAGGAUCGUGUUUGGCGGUUCGUGAUGACUCGUCCUCUUCUGGCCAAAACCGCACGGCACAAUAUUUCUUGGGGAGUUGUGUGUAUAUUGAGGCUGUAAGCUAGAAUUUAAUGGCUCAAGGACCCAACGCACCAAGUUUCCAGGUUCGGUGGAAUUUUAGGAUCAUGCAAUUCAGGACCCAAAGGCUUAUUGGUAUCUUUGUUGUUCCUUAACUGUGGAGCGAGGUGGCAUCGGUCUUGUACAGUGUACGAUGCACAUGGAUUCCAUUCAUGAGAUUAUAUUGUUGUACUGAUUUCUGUACAGUUGUAUGUCAUUAGAAAGGUGUUCCAAGACUUGUGGGCGCGUAGUGCACAUUUCUUAAAAGACAGUUACAUCACUCAAUUUCGGAGGGGAUGUUUUUCAUAAUCUUUGUAAAUUGUUGGGAUUUAUCGCUGAACUUAUGAACGACACGUAUGGGUCGAGUCUUAGAAGUGUGGAA